CGGUCGUCAGCGUACGCGCGAGUUUUGGCGAGUGUGCUAACAAAAAGAUUUGCUGAAAUCGCUAAAUAGUGCUAUUUAAUUAAGUUGUAAUUGACAAUAGAGAAAAACACAUACACACACCACCAACCAACCAUAAUGGCAGACAAGCAAGUCGACAGCGAAAUGAACGGUGAAGAUUUCACCAAGGAUGUCACCACCAAUGAUGUGGCGAGCUCUGAAAACGGUGAUUCGACUCCCUCUGCCGGCGCAGCUGCAAAUGGCAGCUCUGAAAAUGCAGGCGCCGUUGCGGGUAACCAGCGUGAUGACGACAGAAAACUGUUUGUUGGCGGCCUUAGCUGGGAAACAACUGAGAAGGAACUGCGCGAUCAUUUUGGAAAAUAUGGCGAGAUCGAGAGCAUCAAUGUAAAAACAGAUCCUCAGACGGGAAGGUCACGUGGCUUUGCCUUCAUCGUGUUCACUAACACAGAGGCAAUUGAUCAAGUGAGUGCCGCCGAGGAACACAUCAUCAACAGCAAGAAGGUUGAUCCCAAAAAGGCCAAGGCACGCCAUGGCAAGAUAUUUGUGGGCGGCCUGACCACAGAGAUAAGCGAUGAGGAAAUCAAAACCUACUUCAGUCAGUUUGGCACUAUUGUUGAGGUCGAGAUGCCAUUCGAUAAGCAAAAGUCACAUCGCAAGGGCUUCUGUUUCAUUACGUUCGACUCGGAACAGGUGGUCACCGAUUUGUUGAAGACACCCAAACAGAAAAUUGCUGGCAAGGAGGUUGAUGUGAAGCGCGCAACGCCAAAACCUGAGAAUCAAAUGAUGGGCAUGCGAGGUGGAGCGCGAGGCGGCAUGCGCGGUGGACGAGGCGGAUAUGGACGUGGUGGUUAUUCCCAUCAAUGGGACGGCCAGGGUUCGUAUUCGGGCUAUGGCGGCUAUGGCGGUUAUGGUUCCGGUGGAUUUGCCGAUUACUAUGCCGGUGGCUACUAUAAUGGAUAUGACUAUGGUUAUGGCGGCGGCGGUGGUGGCGGCGGCGGUGGUGGUUUUAAUGGGGGCAAGCAGCGCGGCACUGGACGCCAGCCACGACAUCAGCCCUACUAAGCGGCCCGUUUUCCGGAGUCGUCCGACAUCUACUUAUAACUGCAAACUAUUUGAAUUUUAUUUAGUUUAGUUUGUUAUGCAUACUACAGAACAACACAUACACACACACACACAAACAUAUACACAACACACACAUACACAUACAGAAGCAUCUAUAAAGCGACUGCAGGGCAGACCUCAUAUUUUCAUGGCAUAAUGCAGUCUAGCGGAGCAGACAACAAGAACAACAACAACCAUAUUACACACAUUUGUUGUGUGGCACCAUUCCAACAGCAGAAAGAGCAGAAGCGGCACUACAACGUGGUCAAGAAUCAACGCAUAAUUUAUAUACAUAUUUAUAUAUAACACUACACCACACCACACCACACACUUCACUAGACUCUACACACACACAUACACACACACCACACACACUGAGUUAGGCUUGGAGAAAUGUAUUUUUUCAGCAAGUGGCUAAUUUUUCAUAGCCACACGCUCGUUAAGCCAGCAUUGCCCACCAAGAAUACCCACAAUGCACCACACACACAUUAAGGUAUGCCACACAAACAGACUCUGCGUGCUCAUCUGUGUGUGUGGGUGUGUGUGUGUGGCAAAACUAAUAUUUUUUUUUUCUAAUGUAGUCUCAUGGUAUUACAGAGGUAAUUGUUUAACUUGAAAGUUCUGGCAAAACGGAAUAUAUUUACACUCACACACAUCCACACCUACACACACACACACACACAACAAAGAAAGAAAGAAACAAACAAAGAAACACCCACACAACCAAGCAUACAAAUAGAAAAAACGGAAUGCAGAAACACAAAAACGGCAACAAUGUUUAAUAGUAACAGUAAAUACAUUAUAUUAAAAUACAAUAGUCGUUAAGUAUUUGUUUAAAUUUAA